AUGUCGGAGCUUGAAGUCGCUCGCAUACAACAAUCAGACCGCUCCAUCAAACAAACUCCCCAUACUAAUUUCAUCAUGGACGUGCUACUCGGCAUCACUGGCAAGGACUUCACCAUCAUCGCCGCUUCCAAGGCGGCCAUGCGCGGCGCAACCGUCCUCAAGGCCUCGGACGACAAGAGUCGCCCGCUGAGCAAGCACAUUCUGAUGGCUCUGACCGGCGAGGCUGGUGACACCAUCCAAUUCGCCGAAUACGUCCAGGCAAACGUCCAGCUCUACGGCAUGCGCAACGACAUCGAGCUCAACCCAUCAGCCACUGCUUCAUUCAUCCGCACAGAGCUUGCCAAGGCCCUCAGAUCAAGACGUCCAUACACUGUCAACCUCCUGCUGGGUGGCUACGAUACAAUCAACGACAAGCCCACUCUGCACUGGAUCGACUACCUGGCUUCAUCCGCCCCUGUACCAUACGCCGCCCACGGCUACGCACAGUACUACUGUCUUUCAACGCUCGACAAGCACCACCACCCCGACAUUUCCUUCGAGCAAGGCAUGAAGAUUCUCAGAAUGUGCACAGAUGAGCUCAAGAGAAGAUUGCCCAUCGAUUUCAAGGGAAUGAUUGUCAAGGUUGUUACCAAGGAUGGCAUCCGCGAGGAGGAGUACAAGGACGACGAGCCUGUCGCUUGCCCAUAA